UGUGAAUCACAGAAGCUGUCUGACUCCAACUGGAUGGAAGACAUUGUUUCUCACUAGAUAUUGGAAGUAUUUUGAGCCCCUCCAGGAUUUGAAAGCUGCAAUAUUUUUUCAAAGUAGGGGGAAUCAAAGAGCUGCAACGACUCAAGAGAAGGAAAGGGAAGGGAAAAAAAAAAUCUCAGCUGAUUCUCAAAGAAGUGGGAAACAUCCAUGCACGAUGCCCUGCGAUGUUUCGCCACGGCUGCUACUCCUGAUCUUUACUAUGUUUGGGAUGGCCCACAGUUGCCUGCAGGACCCUGUUUCAGCCUACAGAUUCACUGGAACUGUCUGCAGACUCACCUACCCUGCUGCUGCUGUGUUGAAUGAGAAAACCACAAAAGUGAUUGAAGCAGCAUUUCAACAUGCCCGAUACCCAAGUAUGCAGGGAGAGAAAUCUCUGCUCUUCGUAGGCAAAAUCUCAUAUGGCCUGGACAAUUUAGAGAUUCACAACCUGUCGAUUGGUCGGAGCGCGUUUGAGCUGCUUCCAGGGAAAGGCAUUGCCCUGGAAAUAAGCAAUGUGUCUGCAGUGUUCAGAGGGACCUUAAAGUAUGGAUACGGCAGUUGGCUUGUCAAUGUUGCACAAGCUAUUGACUUGGAGAUUGAGUCUCAGAUUGAUCUUGGAAUCAAGCCAAAGCUUUACUGUGGCAAGGGGAAGGUUGCGGCAGACACGUCAGAUUGUUAUCUGACAUUUCACAAGCUUCGUCUUCACCUGCAAGGAGACAAAGAGCCAAACUGGCUGAAGAGAGUCUUCACCGACUUUAUCACCUUCACUGUUAAGCUGGUCAUUAAAGGACAGAUUUGUAAGGAGAUUAACAAGCUUGCAGACAUAAUGGCUGAGUUUAUCCAAGACACAGCGGCGCACUUACUCAGUGAUGGAGGCAUCAGUGUGGACAUCGGUGUUACUGCUCCACCUGUCAUCACUGCUAACUACAUAGAAUCAUACCACAAGGGUCUGACCAACUACAGAAAUGUAACUUCUGUGAUCAGCGACUCGGUUUUCCAUCCAAGCCAACUGACCGAAAACAAGAUGCUUUACUUUUGGUUUUCAGACCAGUUCUUCAACCCCUUGAUUGCUGCUGCUCAUGAAGACGGCCGCUUUCAACUCAACAUUUCAUCAGAGGAGCUGACUGAGCUUUUUAAGACCAGUCUCUCCAGUGUCAUGCCUGAAUAUAUUGAAAAGUGUCUGAUAGACUCUGCAGAGCUCCGAGUGUGGAGUUCAUCCGCUCCCUUUCUUAACACCUCCACCACCGGGUCAAGGGUCAGCGCACAGGCCUCUGGAGAACUCCACUGUGGGAAUCAGGGCACGCCAGCACUCUUCUUCCAAACGAACGUGUCCAUAGAUAUCACAGUUUCCUAUACUGACAAGAAACUCUUCCUGCAUGGCACACCCAAAGAGAUCUCAGUGCUCCGGGCCGAGCAACCCUCACAGAAUACAAUGUUGCAAGAUGAUUCCCAACUGCAAUUCAUAAGAGAAGCUGUGGAGAGAAUAGGUAUUCCUAAAGUCCUGUCAGUACUUGAGGUUGAGAUCACCAGACUGAUGGACAAACAAGGUGUAAACUUAUUUGACAUCAUUGACCCUGAAGUGCUUCCUCAGGACGGUUUUCUGGUGACUCAGAUGGACUUUGGCUUCCCUCAUCACCUCCUGGUUGACUUCCUCAAGAAGACGCUGCAGUAACUCGGCAGCUCCUACGCGUCGUGGGACAGAAUUGUUUUAAGGGAGCCAGAUAAUGCAGAUGAAAAUGUUCGUGUUUUGAGUUCAUGUCAGUAGAUUAGAGACAUAACUGUGGAGGUGUAGGAAUUGGAAUUGAACUGAAUUAUAACAUGACGUUGGAUUGAGGGAGUUGCGUUUCAUGCCCCUUUUUGUCAUAUUGUCUUCUUAUUGUACAAAAACUUUGUUUGCACCAUAAAUUACUAAUCUGUUGCCUUGUCUGGAAAUGUAAGGAAGGACUUUUUCACAAGAAGGGAAAUAUACAUUUAGCAACCGUAUUUUUUCCUUGUUCUGUGAGUGUGUGCAUUUUAGUUUUGUAAGCAUCAGUAAAAUCCUGCUCUACAUGGA